AUGGCUGAACCGCAACAGAUGGAUCAGUAUAUUGAGCUCUUGCCGCCGGAUUCCUUUCAACCGCGCGGCGACGACAAUGAACAAUAUCAACAGUUUUUGCAACCAUACUCUUACGAGCCUGCGGUCGAGAACUUGCUUCCCCCAGAUGGCUCGAUUGGCCCAACGAGCUCUACGUACUGGGAGGCAGAAACCCAGAGCCAUUAUCCGUUCAGCUUGGGAACUUCAAUCGCCUCAGACUAUAUGAUGGCCGGUUGGGCACCACCCUGCAAUGUUGGGUCUACUUAUCCUUGGCUGGGAGCCCAAGUCGAUCAGGUAGAUCCAAGCCAGCCGGUUCAAUGGCCAAUUGCUGUUGAAGUUCUUCCUACUCUGAACGCACCCCGGCAGCACCCACCAGACAACCGAAUCGAGCCUACUUCAAUAGAAAGCGGCGGACUGUUGGAAAAUGUAACACGCAAUACAGCGGACACGAUGGUUCAGGAAAAGCCAACGACUCCUCAAGAGGCGCCCGUUAGGAACCCAAAAGCCGAGAUCGCACGUGACCAUGUGCCCACAGCAAGCACAACCCCUCACGAUGUCGGCAUGAUAGGGAAUGAAGACACCGAGCACAUCGAGCCACAGAAAAGGAGCCCGUAUCGCGUCAAGAACCGGGCCGCUGCAAAGCGAUGCCGAGAAAAGACGAAGCAAUACGAGAUUGAUCUCGUCGCUAAGGAGACGCAGGUAAUGCAACAACGGGUGUAUCUUGUUGCUUGCAUAAGAGCGCUCAAGAACGAAGUGCUGUCACUGAGAAGCCAGAUUUUGGAUCACGGCGAGUGCUCUUGUGAAGAAAUACGACGGUACAUCGCAAGGACUGCCACUAUCAUCAGUGCUGGGGAUUUGGAUGAUAUGAUUUUACCUUCUGACGAUGGCGGAAUUCACUACCUAGAAAGAGCAGUCGCAGCGUCAAUUCCUCCAUAUAGCUAG